UGAUAUUUUGUUUUUGUUGCUGUUCGCUGAGUUGUUUUAUGUUUAAUCGAAGUUGCGCAUAAAUUUAGCUGCAAAUCGUACGCAGUUCGCGGGCUUAAAUGCAGCCACCCCCUUUCAGUUGCUUUCGCUAGCACUUCGAUUCCCAGACACUGGUCAUCAGACGCACUCACACUCAUACACACAUAUACUCAGAUACGAAGCAAGGACUCAAGGAUUCGAUUCAAGGACUGCAGCAACAACAACAACACAGCCGCGAUGUCGGUGGCCGGGCUUCGACAAUGUCUGCUGCUUUGGAGCGUCGACUACUGGAACUUGGAAGUCAUGGAGGACAAUGUCUUCAAGUCGCACGAUAUCGGGCUGCGGGCGCAGAAGAAGAUCCUCUCACGCAUGGCCACCAAAAACAUCGCCAAGACCUUCAUCGAUGGCACGACGGCGUCGCUGCUGGACAACCUCUACAGGCUCUGCAAGAUGCACACGGGGAACAAGCCCAAGGCGGAGAAGCUGAUCAAGAACAUCAUCAAGAUCGUGAUCAAGAUCGGUGUGCUCCACCGGAACAAUCAGUUCAGCGACGAGGAGCUGCAGAAGGCGGAGCUCUUUAAGAGAAAGUUUCAGAACACGCAGCUGUCCAUCAUAUCAUUCUACGAAGUGGACUUCACGUUCGACCUGCCCUACCUGCAAAAGUCAAUAGCCGAAUCGCAAGUGGCGCUGAAGUCGAUUGUGCAGCCGCAUCUCACAGAGAAGUCGCUGGGCCGCAUCGACGAGGUGUUCGAUUUCUUCGGCGAGGAGGCGCUGCUGGAGACGGCUUUCCGAGCGGACUCUCCCUACCGCGAGGUGAUGGGAAAGAUCGUGGCGGACAUAAACGCCACAAUGGAAACAAGAGAUAUCUGAGGGGAGCCGCGAAGCGAGCUGAGCUGUAAUUGCGUGCUAUGAACGAAAGGCUAUCUAUCGAAACCAAAAAGCAGCCAGUAGCUAGUUGCGAAUGAAAAACGCUUGCUUAAAGCUCACCCACCAACACCACCACCACCAUCACCACCAAAAUACAAAAUCUAGGUAUAGAUAUGGGCCAGCAGCGGAAGAGAGGGCGCAGAGCUGGGAAGGAAAGGAAAAAGACAUGUGUUUAAGGAGGAGUUUAAUUUAGUUCAACUAGUGAUAUACCAUUGACAACAAUAUCAAAAGUGUAAAGACGUCCGUAUUGAUUAUUUUGAUGACAACGUUAACAUUCGUGUACUCAAGGUCUAUGUAGUAGUAAUUAGGAAGAACCAAAUGCAUUUCGCCAAAGGAAUUCACUAAACGGAAA